AUGGUAAAAACCGCAAAGACACGUUUCACAACCGCUUUUUUUACUUUAAAGCGGUUUCAUGUACAACAAGCAAAUCUGAGAAAAAUGUUUACAUCUGAAAAGUGGGCAAAUAGUCGAUUUUCCAAAGAGGUCGCAGGAAAACGUGUAGCAGAAGUGAUAUUGAUGCCUUCUUUUUGGAAAAAUAUGGUUUUUGCAUUAAAAGUUGGUGGUCCAUUGGUAAAAGUAUUACGGCUGGUAGACGGUGAAAAACGAUCUCCUAUGGGUUAUAUUUAUGAGGCAAUGAACAGGGCCAAAGAAGCUAUUGUUGCAUCAUUUAACAAUAAUGAAGAGAAAUAUCGUAGCAUUUUUGAAUUCAUUGACAAAAGAUGGAACAUUCAACUGCAUCGACCUUUGCACGCAGCCGGAUAUUUCUUGAAUCCAGAGUGUUUUUACUCAAACCCUGAUAUAGAAAAUGAUACAGAAGUGAUGGAGGGUUUGUACAAGUGCAUAUCUAGAUUGGUGAGAGGUGAGGAUUUACAAGAUAAGAUCACGAAUCAAUUGGAAAAAUACAAGAAAGCAGAAGGACUUUUUGGUUUGCCAAUGGCUAUCCUACAAAGAACUUUAAAAUCUCCAGCUGAUUGGUGGUCUUCUUAUGGUGCAUCAACGCUUGAAUUAAAAACAUUUGCAAUGAAAAUUUUAAACUUCACGUGCUCUUCUUCAGGAUGUGAACGUAAUUGGAGUGUUUUUGAACAUUACAAUAAAGUUUUGAGGAGAAGAUAUGACAUGCGAGAUAAGAUUGAUCCUAUUACUUUGUCAGAGAUAGAUGAUAGUAAUGAAUGGUUGUUGGGAAAAUUGGAUGACAGUGAUAAAGAUGAUGAUAAUGAUUUUGUCUUUGAAGGUGAAGAUUUGCGUUGGAGUGAUGUAGCACAAGCAUCUGGGGUUGGUGAAAGUGCAUAUGACUUUCGAUCUCGAAAUGCGUCUUCUUCAAAAGGGACAUCAUCAUCUGCAUUAGCAAAAAGAAAGCAAUCUUCAGCUUAA